AAGAAGCAGUAGAGAAGGCCAGUGCAGACUUGGAGCUAGAGGAGCUAAGGAAUGCCAGCUGUAUCCUGGCCACAUUUGGAGUAUCUAAUAAAAGAGUCUGCUCUACUCUGCCUCCUUGGUAAGGCAAGGCGUUACAGGGAGAGAGAUAUCGGUUUGUGGAAGACAAGUAACAAUGUGGAAGGAAGAGGAAGACAGACUUGGUUAUCUAAGAAAGAGUGCAAGUUUCCAAGUGAAACUCCGAGAAGAAAGAGUGAUCGUCAGCUUCUGCCAAACGCUCCGAAGAGACCUGAAGGGGCACAAGGAGAGACAUCUACAACUGCUGGCUUCUGAAGCAUGAGGGCUGGGAUCAUUUGGCUGCAUCCACUCACUGCCGUUCCCACUCUGACUGAAAGUUUUCCUCUUGGCUCUGACAGCACUGCAGCCACUUGGGGAAGCACAUAACUGCCUCGGGAGAUGGAGUUUCUUAUUUGUGUUGCAGGCCUCCAGCAGGCAUGGCACCAAGGCAAUAUUUACUUCAGUUUCUGUAACGUCAUCACAGCAGCUGCAGUUUUGGGAACUGAAGUACUGGCUGGAAGUAGAAGGAGAGGCACACCAUGCAGAAAUCAGAGUGGAAAAAAGGAGAAUUGGCAGCCAGCCUCCUCCCCCAGAAAGCUCAUUGUGUUCCUGGGUGUCAGGGGCAUUGCUUGCCCAACAGAUGGUUACCAUAAGGACCAUCUGCAGAGAAGAGAGUCCGUAGAAACUGCAGUUCAGGACAACAGCAAGACCAGAUCUCUCCUGAUGGGGUGCUGGCACACUUGGGGGAGCACAGCAGAAGAAGUACAGUGCCCUGGCCAGGUGGCUUUCUGUGCUGUUUGCCUAGCAGUCUGCUGCAGGAGAUAAAGGAGUGUUUGGGGCCCUUUGACUCUGAGGGAGCAUAGUAGCAUAGCGCAAUGCUCAUGUGCAGAUAGUGAAGCUGGCUCCAAAACCUCUGCAGUCUGAGUCUCAGCAAGCAAUCCUGGCAGUACCCAGUUACGUUAGAGCUUUGUGAAACUGAAGAAAUUUGGUCUGUAGGUAAAAUGCUUUCGUCAGGUACUGUUCCUGACACAGGUUGUUAACGAUACACAAAUUAUCAUGGGUAAGAGCAGAAGGUCAGUUGCCCUCAACAGAACUGAUUGGAGCACAACACCUUAACUCUCCUGAAUUGCACAGUUUCUCAUGGAAAAGAUCUUGUUUGUUGAGCUGGCAAUGAGCUUUCCAUGCUCAUGUGCCCCAUAGUCUUAAGAAGGACUGCUGUGAGGCACUGUGGAGAGAAAGCGUUGCUGUUUUCUACCUUGGAGUACUCUGAAAGUCAGCACCUCAAGCUGCAGUGCAGGCAUCCUGAGAUAGAGACACUAUUAAGACUGACAACUUUGUGUCACUCAGAGAAUCUCUUCCACUUUCUAUGCUCUUGUGCCAUGAGAAGCUCUACUCUAUAUCACUAAGGACUGAAACUUCAAUGCCUGAGUUGUUUCCUUAGCCCAAGAACUCUGAAAUACUCCUGUUUAGUGGAUGAGAGGUGGGGGAAGGUAGGCAGGGAGAGGGAGGGGAAGCAAAGACGUGCCAGCAGUGGUGGCAGAUCCUUGGAGAUGGUGUGGGGAGGGCUUGGCAACCCUUUCAGCACUGUCCUAUUGCAACAGGAGGGAGGAGGAUAUACAGAAGUUACUUAAAAGCCCUCAACUUUUUCAGGCUUCUAUUACACAUCAGAAAAUCUGCAAGGGAGAAGACAAAAUUAAAAAAAAAAAAAAGACUAUCUGAAAAGAAGGUACCCUUGCUAACUAGAAAACUUCCUGAUGUCUGAACCAACGAGCACCAACAGAGAGAAGAAACAACCUCCCCUGAAUGGGCGAAGAGGCCUCCCAUCAAACAACUCCAAUGCUGAAGAAAAUGAUGUCCCUGAAAUGGAUGCUUUUGGUCUGAUACCUCGAGGAUUUAAUCCAAAAGAUUACCUGCGUGUUGUGGAUAUUCAUAUGUUCAAAGAACCCAAUGAGAUCAACAAGCAGCAGCACCACACCGACAAGUACUACAAUCCCAAGCUGAUAGUGCGUCGAGGACAGCCUUUCCAAAUCCAGAUUGACUUCAGCCGACCCUAUGAGCCAGAGAAAGACCAGAUCUGGCUGGAGUAUUUGAUAGGUCGCUACCCACAACCAAACAAAGGCACCUACAUCCCGAUCCUCAUAGGUGAUGUGCUGAAACCUGGAGAGUGGGGAGCCAAGAUUACCCACAAAGAUAACAACUCCAUUCGCCUGUCCAUCAUGUCCUCUGCUACCUGCAUUAUUGGGAAGUUUCGCCUUUACGUUGCCAUCUGGACUCCCUAUGGCAUCAUCAGAACACACAGGAACUCAGCAACUGACACUUACAUAUUGUUCAACCCCUGGUGCCAAUUGGAUGCCGUGUACCUGGAUGACGAGAAGGAAAGGGAAGAAUAUGUCUUGAAUGAUGUUGGUAUUGUUUUCCAUGGAGACGUCAAUGAAGUGAAAUUCAGAAGCUGGAGUUACGGUCAGUUUGAAGAAAACAUUCUGGAUGCUUGCCUUUUCCUGAUGGACAAGGCAGAACUGGAGUUGUCUGGGCGUGGAAACCCAAUCAAAAUCUGCCGUGUUGCCUCUGCAGUGAUCAAUUCCAAGGAUGAUAAUGGUGUUUUGGCUGGAUCAUGGGACAAUCUCUAUGCUUAUGGAGUCUCACCUUCAGCCUGGACGGGAAGUGUGGACAUCCUCUUGGAAUAUUACAGUUCUAAGCAACCAGUGCGAUAUGGGCAGUGCUGGGUCUUUGCUGGUGUCUUCAACACGUUUCUGAGGUGCCUGGGGAUACCUGCAAGACUCAUUACCAAUUAUUCUUCUGCUCAUGACAACAACGCCAAUUUACAGUUGGACUUCUUUCUGGAUGAUGAAGGGCAGGUGGACAACAGAUUGACCAAAGACUCUAUUUGGAACUAUCAUUGCUGGAAUGAAGCUUGGAUGACCAGACCCGAUCUUCCUGUUGGUUUUGGAGGAUGGCAGGCUGUUGAUGGUACACCCCAAGAGACCAGUGAUGGUAUGUACAGGUGUGGCCCAGCAUCAGUUCAAGCCAUUAAGCAUGGUCAUGUUUGCUUCCAAUUUGAUGCUCCUUUUGUCUAUGCUGAGGUGAAUAGUGAUGUUAUUUACUCAAGAAUGGGAAAAAAUGGAUCCCAAGUGAUAGAAAAAAUUGACACAACCCAUAUUGGGAAGCUGAUUGUGACCAAGGGAGUUGGAAGUGAUGAUAUGGUAGACAUUACUGAGAACUACAAAUUCCAAGAAGGCUCAGCAGAAGAAAGACUGGCUUUGGAGACAGCUGUAAUGUAUGGUGUUAAAAAGCAAACUACACAACCGAGCACAUAUCAGCCACAAAAGGAUGUUGAGAUGGAUCUCCAAGUGCAAAAGGCAGUUCUUGGCAGUGACUUUAAAGUCACUAUAAUAUUCAGGAACAAGAGCCGCAACUCCUACACUGCUACUACAUACCUUUCAGGCAACAUAGUGUUUUAUACUGGUGUCACAAAGAAUGAAUUCAAGAAGCAUUCUUUCAGUGCAAAACUGGAUCCUCUUUCGUCUAGUGCUUUCGAUGUUAUGAUCACAUCAGCCGAGUAUCUCAGUGACCUGCUGGACCAGGCCUCUUUUCACUUCUUUGUGACAGCACGGAUCAAUGAAACAGGGAAGGUUCUGGCUAUGCAGAAGGCAAUGGUCCUGGAAAUUCCCACCCUGAAAAUCAAGACUAAAGGCGAGAUGGUCGUUGAUAGAGAAAUGUCUGUGGUUGUGGAGUUCACCAACCCUCUGAAACAAACCCUGGAGAACGUCACACUCCGCCUUGAGGGCCCCGGUGUGCUGAGGACAAUGAAAAAGGAGUUCAGGCAAAUCCCAGCAAUGUCUACCUUAAUCUGGGAAGUGAAAUGUAUCCCAAAACGACCAGGGUUACGAAAGCUGAUUGCAAGCCUGAAUUGUGAUGCUUUGAGGCACGUGUAUGGUGAGCUGAAUAUCCAGAUUCAGAAACCAUGAGGCAAGAUGCCAUCUUCAUCCUUUCAUUUUGUUCUCAUGUUUCAAAAUACCACAUUAGAGGAGGAAAAAGAGACAGUGGUAGAAGUCUGCUUUUUUGUUAUUUUUAUCAUCCUUGGUUUCACUAGAUUCAGUAAGGAAAAGUAAAUGGCGACACAGGGGAUAGCAUAAAAAGAAAUCUGUAUGGUGAAUGAUUCAAAAUUAGAUACACGUAAUCAAAGGCAAUUCUAGGCCAUAUUAUUGCUGUAGUUCACUUGUAUUUAUGGUCUUUUGCAGUAGAGCUGCAAGGGAAUCUGAAAGGCUCCAUUCACCAAAGUAGUCUGAACUUUAGUUUUAAUUAAGGCCUGAUAUUUCACUGAAAAGAAAAAAGGAAGAACCCAGUGUUAUAAAUUCUUAGAGUGAAUUACACAACCUUAUGGUAGAUCGUUCAGGCUGCAAUAAAAACAGGUAUUUCUAGCUAACAGGACUGCUUUAUCUUACAGUGUUAUAAUUUUAGUUAAUGGAGAGCACGUUUUGCUGGAAGCACUUAUUAAGGUGUGGUAUCUCCCACAUAUUCCCAGCUCUCACUUCUCACUUGCCACUUCACUGUGCUUUUUCUCCUGUUCUUUUUUUCUUUUUUUCAUGUGUUUAUGCACCCAUUCAUAGUCACUCUUUUGCUUCAUACUAUUCCUUUUGUUUGAUUGAUUGAAAAUUCAUAGCUUUUCAUGCUGCUUCUCGGAGUUUGUCACACCAAUCUUGCAUUUUCUGGUCACAUCUCUUGCAUAUGGUAUGUUCUCCAUUCUUUUCUGCCUCUUCUUCUCUCCCCAUUUCUCGUGUGUGUAUGUUCUGGGGAGCUCACUGCCCAAAGCAUUCCAGGCUCUGCCACCUGGCACAUGGGGCAAAGGAAAGUGGAGUGAGGAGUAGCCAGCCCACAAACCUCACAAACAUCCCAUGUGAACUGUGCCCAAGAGUCCCCAAAAAAUCAUGGCCUGGGAAGGCUGAGGGACAGAAGCUCAGCUUACAGGAAUAAACAUGCAUCCUGACACUCAAAAACUCUGCAAGCUGGUCAGUUUACUGCCUUGCUUGCAGCAUGUUCCUCUGUGGGUGCAAUGACGCCUCCUAAGGCCUUGAUCUUCCCCUGAAGUCUUUCUAGCCUGAAGAAUGCUCUGAGUCUGUGGUUCACACUCCACUUUGUAGAAUCAUUCUAAGCUGUGGACUCCCACGUGGUAGGGAAGCAAGCUGUGUGUGUGUGGUAACUUCUCAUCCCUCCUGAACUCUUUCUCAGGACCUUUUUCCUUGUGAGGCAAAAAUGCACAUGCUGCAGUCCCAUACCCAGCUGUGGCCACUCUCUGCUAGCCACAGUGGGUAAGAGCAUAUCCCAUAUGCAAGGCACAGGUGAGAUAAGUGUUUCCCAAGAGGUUAAAAGGAACCUCAUGCUCAUAAAACACUGUGGCUUUACUGUGCCAGGUCAUUUUGUGGUCUCAUUAGUGAGAGAGCAGGGGAGACAGUUUACCUUCUGCUUCCCUUCUUGCUGCAUAUGGCUUCCUGCAAAACUGGUGACCAGUUGUUAAAAAUAAGUAAGCCCAGGAGGGGAGAAAUGCAGGUUGCCCUUUUGCUGAAGUAUGUGGAGCAAAGCAGAGAUUCACACCACCUCACCUGUUCAGUGAAUAACCAUGGAUUCAGGAACACCAAACCCUUUGGAGCUUUUGCUUCAGACAUGGUGACACUCUCAUUUUGUACAGCUUAUGGGGACUGCACUGUGUACUCUGCAAUGUCUAAAUCUCCUGGAGAAGUCCUCUGGGGCACAAGGGACACAACAGUAUGUUGUAAAUGCACAGUGACCAUCUCUGUUAAGUGAUUCAGCAGUUUUAAUGGAGUGUACAUCAUCUAAUACAAUUAUCCACUUUUUGCUCUUGUCUAUAAACCUGCU